GUUCAUCCAUCAACCGCACUGUACACUUCAAUUAUCUGCGGUCAUGCUUGACAGCUGACCCGCGUGACCCAAACCCACUUUGCGUUUGCCGACCGCAUUCCUUUUGGCCAACAAAGCAGUGCAACUGCAUCACUACUGCCUCCAAUAAUCAACCAGUAGACCAGUCGAUGCUCAGCUCGAGGGCCGCGCAACACCUGUCGCCCAUCAAUCAGCGCCGGAACUUCGCCCCGGAAUAUUACCGUGGGCGCGAUGUCUAAGCUGCUCGCUCGUGCGAGCAAGAACGUUGGCCGCACCGCGGUCAUAUCAAACAAGCAGGCCUUCAGCUAUGACCAGCUGUUGAACGCCGCGGAGGCCAUUCGCGCCGACCUCGCAAAGAAGCUGGCGGCGCCGGGGGCCGCCGCCGCCGCCGGCCCCUCGGCGCCGCCGCGUGUCGGCCUCUACGCCGCGCCCGGGCCCGAGUACCUUGCGGCCACGUGGGCGGUGUGGCAGGCGGGCGGAGUGGUGGUACCGCUGGCCACCUCCCACCCGCCGCCCGAGCUGAGCUACGUGUGCGGCGACGCGGGGGUCGCGGCGGUGCUUGCGCCGGCGGACCAGGAGGCCAAGCUGGGGCCCAUCACCCACGAGCACGGCUGCAGCCUGCAGCUACUGCCGUCCCUGGUCGGCCAGCCGCUACAGCCGCACUCCGCCGCUGCUACUGCAACUGCUACUGCCGACGCCAGCGAGGCGGCGGCGGACGCGGCGGCGGAGGCGCUUGCGGACGUGGGCGGCAGCAGCCGGGGCGGGGCUCUCAUCAUCUACACCAGCGGCACCACGGGGAAGCCCAAGGGCGUGCUGUGGAAGGAGUUGAGUGGCAGCUACCUGCUGGAGCGGUACGGCAUGACGGAGAUAGGCAUGGCGCUGUCAAACCCGUACACGGGUGACCGGCGGCCGGGCACUGUGGGCCGCCCGCUGCCGGGCGUGGAGGCGGCGCUGGCAGCUGACGGGCAGUUGUUGAUCCGCGGCGACAACGUGUUCGCCGAGUACUGGGGGCGGCCCGCAGCCACGGCGGAGGCGUUUGACGCCAACGGCUUCUUCCUCACAGGCGACACGGCCAGCGCCUCGGGCUCCCCGCCCUACUUCACCAUCGAGGGACGCACCUCCGUGGACAUCAUCAAAAGCGCCGGCUACAAGAUCUCCGCGCUGCAGAUCGAGAGCGCCGUGUUAGAGCACCCCGCCGUUGCGGAGGUGGCGGUGCUGGGUGUGCCGGAUGAGGCGCUGGGCGAGGUAAUCACCGCCCUGGUGGCGGCCAAGCAGCCCGAGCAGCAGCCCGCGUCUCCUUCACCGCCACCAGCAGCAGCAGCAGCGGCAGCGGGAGCAGCGGCAGUAGCAGCAGCAGCAGUGGCUGAGGGCGGGUCGGCUGCGCCGCACGCGCCGGUCAGUGAGGAGGAGCUGGUGCGGCACUGCCGCGAGCGCCUGGCGCCCUACCAGGUGCCGAAACGCUGGCGCUGGAUCUCCGCGCUGCCGCGCAACGCCAUGGGCAAAGUGAACAAGAAGGAGCUGCUCAAGCUGUACAACGCAGGGCAGAUCUGAUGAGGGAGGGGGGAGGGAGAGAGGUAGGGGUAGAGGGAGGGGGAGCGGAGGAAGAAUGGGAGCGGAGGAGGAGGAGGAAGAGGAGGAAGAGGAGGAAGAGGAGGAGGAGGAGGAGGAGGAGGAGGAGGAGGAGGAGGAGGAGGAGGAGGAGGAGGGAAGAGGAGGGAAGAGGAGGGAAGAGGAGGAUGCUGGUGUCGAGCUGUUAAGGUCGUGCUGAGUGCACGGACAAUGAGAGGGAGCGAGCGAGUCUGAGGGCGGUCGUGGAUCUUCCCAGCGGACAGUGGUCCCUCAAGUCCUUUGUUGGCGGUUGCAGUGAGCGAGGUCGGCAGGUUGACUAGAGUCCAAGGGCGAGCUGGAGGGAAGGGUGUGACCACUGACCAGGAGCAUGGAUGGGUUAAGUUUGGCACAACGAAUGAUGCAAGUGUAUUGGCGAGCGGGAGGCCAGCAAAGCGUGGUGGGAGCUGGAGUGAGCCAGUGUGUGGUGGGAGGGCGAACGUGUGGUGCGUGGCCGUGCGCGUGGGCUGCCGCCGGGCCGAGCGUCAGAACAAAAACGUUCAGAUGCUAGCACGGGGCUGGCUGUUAACAUACGCUGUCGCAGCAAAUGACAAAGCUCUUGUGAAUGUUGGAUGAGCUGUUGACCAUGGACAGGGGCAACGGUACCGCAAAGUCAG